AUGGGCAAUUGUUCCUUUGAUCACAUCAUUCAUGACCCUCUUUGCAUUCACUUCUUUAUACUUCCUAUUUUAACAAAUCUCUAUCUUUUUUUUCUUUUUUUUUUUUUGGCCCCUUUCUUUAUUUUCUCUUGUCUUUACUUGUAUUUCUCUCUUUGUUUCUCGCGUUUUAAUUUGUUUAUAUCUCUUCAUUUCUCUCUCUCUCUCUCUCUCUCUCUCUCUCUCUCUAUCUCUCUCUCUCUCUCUUUUCUCUCCGUCUUCCGUCUCUCUCUUGCCUCUUCAAUCUUUCUCUCCGUUCUUCGUUUUCUUUUUCAUCCAUCUGAUAUCUAUCUCAUUCUGUCUAUAUCUAUCUAUCUAUCUAUCUAUCUAUCUAUCUAUCUAUCUAUCUCAUUCUGUCCAUAUCUAUCUAUCUAUCUAUCUAUCUAUCUAUCUAUCUCAUUUUGUCCAUACCUACAUAUCUAUCUACCUAUCUGUCAUAUUCUGUCCAUAUCUAUCUAUCUAUCUAUCUAUCUAUCUAUCUAUCUAUCUAUCCUACAUAUCUGUUUAUCUAUAUAUAACAUUCUGUCCAUAUCUAUCUAUCUAUCUAUCUAUCUAUCUAUCUCAUUCUAUCAAUAUCUAUCUAUCUAUCUAUCUAUCUAUCUAUCUAUCUAUCUAUCUAUCUAUCGAUUUCCUUAUUUUACAGUGUGUCUUUAA